UCCGCUCACUAUAAAAUAAAGGCAAUAAUAAUAUAAAUAUCGCUUAUAUUAACGCUCAGAAUGCAAAUGGCUCAACCCUUCUGCAUAGAGCUGUUAAUUUGUGUGAUGAGAAUUUGGUUCAGUGGUUAAUCGAAAAUGGAGCAAUGGUAAAUGUAAAAAUUCGCUGCGUAGACGUUAUAAAUAUUUUGCUAGAACAUGAAGCUAUACUUAGUAUAGGUGAUGAAAACAUAAACACGCCGUUGCACUUGGCAGUAAUUGACAAUAACAAACACAUAGUCAAGAUGUUAGUAGCAAAGAAAUCGGGCAUAGAUCUCAAAAACAAAAUGGGGAAUGCUCCAAUACAUACAGCCGUUCUUCAUGGUUUCCUGAACAUAGCUGUGAUUCUCGGUAAAAAUAACGCAAGUCUCAAUUUACAGGACAAAAAUCUUAAUACACCACUGCAUUUGGGGGUGAUGAAGAAUGACAGCGAAAUAGUUCAGUUUCUUCUAGAAAAGAAAGUAGAUACUGAGAUUUUCAAUAGCAACAAAGAUGUUCCACUUAUUGUUGCAACCUGGCAUGGCUACACAGAUAUUGUUUCCAUUUUGAUAGACGCUGGCGCUAACAGGAAUGUGAGGAACCGGGAUGGAAACACACCGCUUCAUUUGGCAGUCAACAAAAAUAAUUCAGAAAUGGUCCAACUGCUUAUAGCGAAACAAGUGGAUUUGGAAAUUCGAAAUAACAUCCAAGAUACUCCAAUAAUUUGGGCAGUUUGGCUCGGUUUCAAAGAAGUGACUCGCUUAUUGAUCGAUGGUGGAGCAAAUAAGAACGUGGGAAACAGAGGGAAUAAUACCCCUCUGCACUUGGCGGUUGGUAAAAAUGAUAUCGAAAUGGUUAAGCUGCUCCUUGAGAUGAAGGUAGAUAUUGAGGCUAUGAAUAACAUCAAGGAUGUUCCACUUAUUCUUGCAACAUGGCGUGGACACUUGGAUAUAGUUGCUCUUUUUAUAGAAGCUGGCGCCAACAGGAACGUCAAAAACAGAGAUGGGAACACACCUCUUCAUUUGGCUGUCAACAAAAACAAUUCAGAAAUGGUCAAACUGCUUAUAGCAAAGGAAGUGGAUAUGGAAAUUAAAAAUAACAUCCAAGAUACUCCAAUAAUUUGGGCAGUGUGGCUCGGUUUCAAAGAAGUUACUCGCUUACUUAUAGAGGGUGGAGCAAAUAGAAACGUGGGAAACAGAGGGAAUAAUACCCCUCUGCAUUUGGCGGUUGAUAAAAAUGACAUCGAAAUGGUUAAACUACUCCUUCAGAAAAAUGUAGACAUUGAGAUCACCAACAACAAUAAAGAUGCUCCCGCUUAUUGUCGCAACCUCACGUGGACACUUGGACAUUGUUUAUCUUUUAAUAGAGACUGGUGCUAAUAGGAACGUGAAGAACAAAGAUGGGAACACACCGCUUCAUUUGGCCGUCAAUACAAAUAAUUCAGAAAUGGUCAAACUGCUUAUAGCCAAAGAAGUGGAUCUGGAAAUUCGGAAUAACAUCCAAGAUACUCCAAUAAUUUGGGCAGUGU